AUGUCUCCGCCCCGCCGCGCCCUCAUCGCCGUUACUUCUGCGAACGCCUCUCUUUUCGCCCCCAACGGCCACACGACCGGUGUCUUCAUCGGCGAAGCCCUACACCCCUACAAUGUGCUCAAGGCAGCAGGAUUCGAAGUCGACAUCGCAUCUGAGAAGGGCAAGUGGACCGAGGACUGGCUUUCGUUGCAGCCAGGGUUUCUGAGCGAGGAGGAGCGGAAGCAGUAUGACGAUAAGAAGAGCGACUUCAGGGCUGAGAUAGACAAGAACCGCAAGGCUGAGGAUCUAGACGCUAGUCAGUACGGCGUGUUCUUCGCGAGUGCCGGCCAUGCCGCACUGAUCGACUACCCUCAUGCCACGCAUCUCCAGGCCAUCGCAUCAAAGGUCUGGGCAAAUGGCGGUGUAGUAUCGGCAGUCUGUCACGGGCCUGCUAUCUUCCCCGGCAUCGUCGACACCGAUGGUCAGCCAAUCAUCAAGGGAAGGAAGAUCACUGGCUUCACGACACAGGCCGAGUAUGACAUGAAGAUCAUGGACGCGUUGAAGAGCUGGGGCGAGCCAUUGGUGGAUGAGCACGCGAGAGCUCUGGGAGCUGAAUAUGUACGCGCGGACGGGGUAUGGGAUGAUUUCCAUGUUGUUGAUGGAAGGGUCGUCACGGGUAUGAAUCCGCAGAGUGCAAAGAGUACGACGGAGGCGGUAGUGAAAGUUUUUAAUGGAUUAUAA